UGUUACCGUUGGUACACAAAAAAAAAAAACACUAUUAUAAGCAAAAACAUAACAAGAAUCAAUCAUAGUUCAUUCAUUCACUUCUCAACAGAAGAACAUGGCCUCAUCUUUGGUACUAAGCAGCAGCAGCAGCAGCUUGUUGUUGUUGUUGUUGUUAUGUUUCCUCUUCUUCACUACUCUUCCUCAAGUCUCUGCUACUGACCAUAUUGUAGGUGCUAACCGUGGCUGGAACCCUGGGAUUAACUAUACUCUUUGGGCUAACAACCAUACUUUCUAUGUCGGUGAUUAUAUUUCAUUUAGGUACCAGAAGAAUCAGUACAAUGUGUUUUUGGUAAACCAAACAGGUUAUGACAACUGUACAACAGAAGGUGCUGUUGGAAAUUGGACUAGUGGCAAAGAUUUCAUACUAUUCAACAAAACUAUGAGAUAUUACUUCAUUUGUGGUAAUGGCCAAUGCAAUAAUGGAAUGAAAGUCUCAGUUUUUGUUCACCCACUUCCUUCUCCUCCUCCUUCUUCAUCUGAACAUCAUUCAACACCAAAAUCUGCUGCUCCUAUGAUCUUGGAAUAUUUAGGGCUAAAGUCUCUAAUGUUGUCUUUUGUUUUUGUUUUGUUUGGAUUUGUUUUGGUAUAACCAAUUAAUUUGCCACUUUGCAAAAUUUAGCAUUCUUAAUUCUUUGCUUUGUGUAAUGAAACUUAGCAUUCUUAA